GUGCAUUAGACCCGUCAAGCCUUUUAUUGUUUAAACUUCAACUUCAAAUAUAAAGAAGUGUAAAUGAAUAAUCGGUUCUAUUAAUUGGUUAUUUUAAAACCAUGUUUAUACCAUUUUAUAUCUGAUCGAUUGUAAUGGAGAUGUCGGACAAUAAUAUUUGAUCAGAGCAGUUAAUACAGUUCUUAAUAGUGGCAAUUUUUUUUUGAAUUAACGUCGAAUCAUUACUGUGAUUUCAAUAAAUAUAACCAUCUUAAAACUUUAGAGAAUAAUAAGGUGCAAAUUAGUCUGAUUAGUGGCUAAAAAAAAUAUAAAAAGGCAUAAAUGUCUAGCGAUUUUCUUCAAUCCUACAGUUCAUAUCCUUCAAAAGUAUCAUUUUAUCACAUCGAUAUCUCAAAAUGACCGGCACUGCUAUAGUUUUCCUCAAUAUGGGAGGUCCAUCUGAUUCAAAAGAUACCUAUGAGUAUCUUCGAAAGAUUUUUUCAGAUUCUGAUAUGAUGCCAAUGGGGCCCUUUCAACCUCAGCUUGCUAAGAUAUUAGCAAAGAUGAGAGCUCCUGGUGUCAAAAAGAAAUAUGAUAUGAUUGGUGGUGGUUCGCCUAUAUUAAAAUGGUCAAAUUAUCAAGUAGAGAAUGUUUGCAAAAUUUUAGAUAAAACUCAUCCUUCAACUGCUCCACAUUUACCUUACGUCAUGUUUAGAUACGCUUAUCCAUUAACAGAAGACUCUCUUGUUGAUUUAUUAGAUAAGGGUGUUACUAAAGCAGUGGCAUUCUCUCAGUUCCAGCAAUUCUGUUAUCAUACCAGUGGUUCUAGUAUCAACGAAUUAUAUCGUCAAUCGGUAAAAUUUGAUCCGUACAACCAAGUUUCUUGGUCAUUGAUUGAUAGAUGGCCAGCUAAUAUUUUGUUUUGCAAAGCUUUUGCAAACUUAAUCAAUAAUAAAAUUUACGAGUUUUUAAAUGAAGGAAUAGUUAGAGACCCAAAAAAUGUAUUGAUUGUAUUCUCUGCUCAUGCAAUUAUUAUUAAUUCGGUCAAUAAAGGUGAUCAUUAUGAAGCAGAAGUUGAUGCAUCAGUUCAAGGAGUAAUGAAAGAAUUAAAAUUUUCUAAUCCUUAUAGGUUAUGCUGGCAAUCGCAAGAGGGUGGACCAGCCAAUCUUUGGUUAGGCCCAUCUACUCAUAAAUACAUAUCAACAUUUGCUGAAAUGUACGACGGUGUGGUUAUUGUCCCAAUUACAUUUACUUCAGAUCAUAUUGAAACAUUAUAUGAAAUUGAUAUUGAACUAAUGGAUUCACUCAAACCAGAACAUCGCCAUAAAGUCAAAAGAUGCCAAUCACUAAAUGGUGAUAGUGUUUUCAUCGAGGGUUUGGCAGAAAUUGCAAAAGAGCAUUUAGAUGGCUUAGACUCUGGUUUAGGAUAUAAAGGAAACAGAAAAAGAUAUUCCAAUCAAUUAGAGACAGAUUAUAAACUAUUGAGCUCAAAAUCAAAGGGUAUAUUUGAAAAACCUCGUGAAUUUUUUCCUCCAUUAUGAUUUAAUGAAAACUGUUAAGAGAACAUUUAAAUUUUUCUAUUAUUUUAUUUUUUUU